AUGGCGACAGGUGCCAUUGUAGAGCUUCAUAGAAACUCCGGCGACUGGGAUAUGAUAGUGGCAGAGAUUGUGAAAUUGGAGAGAGAGAUAUUUCCAAAACACGAAUCACUCGCUACAUUCUUUGACCAAGAACUGAGAAAGAAGAACUCUGGAUUGCUUUAUCUUGACGUAGAUGGCGAAGUUGUAGGCUAUGCCAUGUAUUCUUGGCCUUCUUCCUUGUACGCCUCUAUCACAAAGCUCGCAGUGAAGGAGCAAUGGAGGAGGCAAGGCCAUGGUGAGACUCUGCUAAAGGCGGCAAUUCAGAAAUGCAGAACAAGGAAAGUCUCACGCAUAUUGCUCCAUGUUGAUCCCACGAGGACUCCAGCCUUGACACUUUACAGGAGGCUAGGCUUCCAGGUUGACGCUUUGAUCGAAGGAUACUACUCCUCCGAUCGAAGCGCCUAUAGAAUGUACUUAGAUUUGGACGCCAAUUAAUGCACUGGCUAAAUAAGCACUUUUUAAUGUACUGGAACUAGUUUAUGCUAGCUCUGUCGUAAUUUUCUGUAUGAAGAAUUUUUGAGGAUUUUAAGGUCAAUGUUGAAGAAAAAUUUUCUUCCCCAGUUUUUUAAA